ACGUGCGCCGUCCAGAAAUGUAAACAUUGGUGUAUCAGCACAACAAAAGGUGCCGGUCGUGUUCAGCAGCAGCACUAUAAAAUCGGAAAAUAUUCAGAAUGGGUAAACGGAGGUUUAACGAAAAGGGUCGCCAAAAGGUGGAAACCGUCAUCGAUGAUUCGGAAACGAAAAAGAUCAAGCUAGACUUCGCACCGGACAGCGAAUACGGCGGGCAGGAUGAUGCGAAUGCGCUGGUGCUACCGUCGAAAAAGCGUGCAACCAAAAUCAAAAAAGAUCGUACAGUGGUUACCAAAAUCCUGUCGAAAAAGCAACGCAAACGGCUGGAGAAAAUAGUGGACCAGAAAAAGAAGAAAGAGAAUCGAUCUUCGCUUCUGGCGUCGCUGGUCGCUGUGCAGGCAUCGCAGGAGGAGCUGAGCGGCUUUCGGAAGCUAAGUGAAGUGCAGACGAAAGGUCUUAAGCAACACUUCAAGGAGCAAAAGUAUGGCGUUACGCUGGUGGAAAAGCCUGUGAAGCACGCGAAAGUACCCGGGGCGGCCAAGAUAAAAAGUUUGGUCGGUAGUCGAAGGAAACGGCUGGCCCUGUUGCGUCAAGCGGGUCCAACAGAUGGUGAGGAAGACGAGCAUGAUCCCAACAUUGUUGGUCUGAACGAUCCGUCCUCAUCGUCGAGUUCCGAAGAUGAAUCGGAUGUUCCCUCGGAAGAGGAAGAAGUGAUGCUCGAGGAGCAGCAGCAAAAUGGUGAAAGCAAUGAUGAAGUGGAACAAAUGGAAACCCCUCUAGAACAGCCUGCAGAACCACCAUCGAAGAGUGAAGAAGCAGCAAAACCGCCAUCGGACGUUACACCAUGCAGCGCGAAAGAAGAAACCCCCGUCGUUGUGGAUCGCAAACCAGCCGUCUACAUUCACGUGGACCGUGAUUCGAAGAUACAGGCCGACCGUCUAAAGCUGCCAAUUCUCGGCGAGGAACAGGUGAUAAUGGAGACGAUAAGCGAGAACAAAAUAACGAUUCUGGCCGGUGAAACGGGCAGUGGUAAAACGACACAAAUUCCUCAAUUCCUGUACGAAGCCGGGUACGGUGAGCGGGGCCUUAUCGGCAUUACCGAACCACGGCGUGUUGCCGCCGUGUCCAUGUCGAAGCGUGUGGCGAUGGAAAUGAAUCUGUCCACCGAUGUCGUAUCCUACCUGAUUCGGUACGAAGGUAACGUGACGGAUCGGACCAAAAUCAAGUUCAUGACGGAUGGUGUGCUGCUGAAGGAGAUUGAGGUCGAUUUUCUGCUCAACAAGUACUCGUGCAUCAUCUUGGACGAGGCGCACGAGCGGAGCGUUUACACGGACAUUCUGAUGGGGCUGCUGUCCCGCAUUGUUCGGCUGCGUGAAAAGCGUGGCAACAAUCCGCUUCGAGUCAUCAUCAUGUCGGCCACGCUGCGAGUGCAAGAUUUCACGGAAAACAAAAAGCUUUUCCUAGACACACCACCCGUCAUCAGUAUCGAUUCGCGUCAGUUCCCGGUGACGGUGCACUUUAACAAAACCACACCGGAAGAUUACUUACGGGAGGCUUUCUUGAAGACGGUAAAAAUUCACACGAAACUGCCGGAAGGAGGCAUACUGGUGUUUCUUACCGGCCAGAAGGAGGUUAACACGAUGGUACGCAAGCUGCGCAAGAUGUUUCCGUGCCAUGGUGAGAAGGAAGCUGUAACCGUGAAGAAGGAACCAGAAGGACAGGAGGAUGAUGAGCAACCGAAGGACGAUGAGGAAGAGUUUGAUAGUAUUUACCUUGGCAAGAAGGGUCACAAAGGGACGAAGUCAAAGUCAGAAAGGAGACGGAAGCGUGGCAGUAGUGCGGUGACGGUUCCGAUGCUGCCACAGAUUAACUUGGAUGCGUACGAUCUUCCACACGUGGACGAUACGGAGGGUGAUUUGGCGGAAGAGAACGAGAGUGACAGUGACCUAGAGGCCGACUCGGACGAUGAACUUGAUGCGGAUGAUCUUGAUACGGGUGUGUCCGCUCUAAGGAAAAGUCAACCCCUGUGGGUACUGCCGCUCUACUCGAUGCUGUCCCCCGACAAGCAGCAGCGCAUUUUCCAAGCUCCACCGGAAGGAGCACGACUGUGCGUGGUUGCAACGAACGUGGCCGAAACGUCACUCACCAUUCCGGACAUUAAGUACGUGGUCGAUACGGGCCGGCAAAAGACCAAGCUGUACGACAAAACGACCGGCGUGACCGCUUUCGUCGUAACGUACACCAGCAAAGCGUCGGCAAACCAGCGAGCCGGGCGUGCUGGUCGUGUUGCACCCGGCCAUUGCUAUCGGCUCUACUCCAGUGCCGUCUACAACUAUGAGUUUGUAGAUUUCGCUCCUCCGGAGGUGCAGCAGAAGCCGGUCGAUGGGCUAGUGCUGCAGAUGAAGUGUAUGGGAAUCGACAAGGUGACCAACUUCCCGUUCCCAUCACCGCCCGACCCGGUACAGCUAAAGUCGGCCGAACUGCGUUUGCUGCAGCUGGGAGCGCUCGAAGAGGUGAUUGUCCGCGCACCGGACGGAAGCGGUAAGGUGCAAAAGAACCAAACACUAACACGCGUCACCGAGCUGGGACGGACGAUGGCCGCCUUUCCAGUGGCUCCACGGUUUGGGAAAAUGCUGGCCCUGAGUCACCAGCACUCGCUGCUGCCGUACGCGAUCUGUCUCGUGGCGGCCCUUUCCGUGCAGGAGGUGCUGGAAGAAGUGUCCCUCUCGGAGGCGGACAACAACACGGAAGCUGGGAAACGAUGGCGCCAGAAGCGGAAAGUGUGGGCCGGUACGGGUGAAUCGUUGCUGCUAGGGGACCCGAUGAUUCUCCUGAAAGCGGUCGGUGCAGCGGAACAUGCCAACAGCAAAGGUUUGCUGGAAGAGUUUUGCACGGAGAACGGCAUACGGAUGAAGGCGAUCCGGGAAAUACGAAAAUUGCGCGUUCAGCUCACGAACGAGGUGAACGCCAACUUGCUCGAUAUGAAUCUGAUGGUCGAUCCGGACAUGCCCCCACCGACCGCAACACAGAUACGUCUGCUUCGACAGCUCCUUCUCAUCGGUAUGGCCGAUCAGAUCGCACGCAAGCUACCGGACAGUGAAAUCAAGCUAAAAGCGGACGCACGAAGGCUGAAGCACGCGUACAAUCUACCGAUGAUCGAUGAGCCCGUCUUUCUGCACUCCAGUUCCGUCCUCCGGCGGGAACACCCCGAGUGGGUUUGCUAUCAGGAAGCGUACGAAGCGAUCGUCCCUAGCGGUGGCGAAGGUGCGGGCGAGGAGGACAGUAAAACGAAGAUGUUCCUACGUGGCAUUACGGCCAUCGAACCGGACUGGUUGCCCAAGUUUGUGCCGAACGUGUGCAACAUAAUCGACGUGCUGGAGGAACCGAUCCCACCGUCCUACAACGCGGCGACGGAUACGAUUGAAUGCCACGUGAAGACGACGAUCGGCAAAACGAGCUGGGCGAUACCGAACUCGCUGGUGGAGAUGCCCAAAAAUAUUCUUCGCUGCAAAUAUCUUCUAAAAUUCAUUCUAGCCGGCAUUAUCUUCAAGCAGCUGAAACAGUUUCGCAAAUCGUUGCUUUCCUCGCCGGAAUCGGUGCUGAAGCAAUACUCGUCGGCCGUCCCACGAAUCGAUGCCGCGCUGAAGCUGAUGCUGGCGAACGAAAUCUUUAACGCGCAACGUUUCCACGAGCUGUGGAAGGCGGAUUCAAAGUUUUUCCUGAAGGAAUAUUGUGACUUUCUGCCGGUUUCGUGUCACGAAGACGUUGGCAAUCUGUGGCCGCCGACGGAGAAUUAUUAGCCAGCUGUGGCAGUGACUCCGGCGCGUACCAAUAAAUGCGAUGGUCCUGUGCUAACUCCGAAGGUAAUUUAAAUUGUUUCGUUAUUUAUUGAGUUUAGAGGAAAAUGUCUACACUUUAGUACAACAGAUGACCGGAGCGAUUGACGUUACCUCCUCCAGUGUUAUGUGUCUUCUUUUGCACUUUUGGGAAGCAUAGCUACAUGGUCUAAACCGUUAGUCUUUAUUCUAAAAUGUACGCGAAAGAAACAACAUUUUCGAAAUGUAGCGUUCAACAAAUCA